UUUUAAUGAAUAUGUUUAAUGUUGCAGGUGUGUGAACUAUCAGCCAUAAUGUUAACCUUUCAAGGUAAGAAUCUUUGCGAGAGACUAAAAGAACUCAACUUGAAAGUAAAAGAAGCAGCUCAACAAAAUGUAAAUUUUCAAGAUGUCAAAUCUGCGCAGGAAUAUUCUGAUGUCGAUAGACUUUUUAAGAUAGACCUGGCUUCUAAAUAUAAAGACACGGAUUACUUUAUUGAUGUGCUGAAAUGCGGGGACAGCUUAUACAUAUCCAGAGCACUCAAAUGGGAGUGGAUCUACGAGGGUACUUACUCUCAUAUAAUCAAUCCAGACUAUCUACAUCACAACAUUUUUCCAACAAUGUCUUUUAAAAUGAAGAUAAAAACUUUGUCAACAAUAGCUAAACAUAUUAGAGAUGAGGCUAGAGCCCAAAUUUUCUAUGAAUACUGCAUUAAUACGAACAUGAAAAAUAAUGCGUACAAAUUUCUAAAGUUUACCAGUGUUUUUUUCAAACAAGAAUUACUUCCCGAUUUCGUGGAACAUGACAGAGAUACUCAAAGUCACAAGGACAUGAUUGGCAAUUCGUUACUUUUAGCUGAUGUUUAUGGUGAAAAAUGUAGAGGCAGCAUUUCGGAUUUGUCGUAUUUGUACUCUGUUAAUGAUGUCGAGUACCUUAAACUUGUUGAAAAACACACAAAGAUAAAUGAUCACUAUUACAAUUAUUCCUAUAAAACUGAUUCUCGUUUCGGCGGAAAAAUGUCAAGAAGUAUAUUAAAGAAACACAAAACGCGGAUACUCAAUAAUCCAUUACCAUAUUUAUUGGUACUAAAAAAAAGUGAGUUGAUAAAAUAUAGUUCGUCUGAUGAUGCAAGGGUAUUCGCUGUUACUCUUCUCCCGAAAGAGGUGGACCAGUUCUGGAGGACGAAUUAUUAUAAAACACACAAGCAUAUACUCGAUUUAGUAAAAGCUUAUAGCAUUUAUGAAUUCAUCAAACAAAUUUUCUCAGAGAAAUAUCCAAAUGAAGGAUUUGAAAUAACGAAGGAAUUUUAUGAGUCGAAGUACUACGAUCUUAUGACUGUUAAGGAGAGAGAAGCCUGGGCUUUGAUGCAUAUAGAGAUGAAAACGGGUGUGAUACCUGAAGAUGAGGAUUACCGGUGGUAUGAAUUUGUGAAUUUUCCGCAGGCAUUUGAAGAAAUAAAGAAGAAAAUAAGAAUAACUACGAAUCCAGAUAAAAGAUCGAACAUGUUGGAAACGUUAAUAAAAUCAGCAACGUCUCAAAAUGAGUUGAAUAAACUAUUGAGCUACUAUUAUGAAAGGCAUGUCAAUGAAAGAUCACAUCUAAAACAUAGAUUCUUAAAGAAGGUCACUAAGGUUCAUUCAGUAUUCAAGUUAGACGGUGUAUGCUGGAAUGCGUUAGAUAAACUAUUGCACAGCCUUGACGUUUAUAAUUCAUGUUCCGGUGGAGAAUGGAACGAAUUUCUUUGCGAUUCCAUAGUAUAUCACAUCAUUAACAAAAUAACUCUUCCUAAUAACUUAACUCAACAUUUAAAUAACAGAAGAUAUUUGGAUAGAAUAAAAGAACGCUCUGAUAUGUUUUGUGCAGACAAAAAGGAUCUUGUGUAUAAUCAUGUAUUUCAGUUUUUGACCGACAAAAUUAAGGGCUUUGAAUUAUUAGAUUAUACCGAGGAAGUAAAAAAACAAGUUCGCGGAUGUCUGGAGUUAAUGAUACGAUGGAAAAGAAACUUCAAAAAGGAGGUAGAAUUUCCAGAAAUUGCUUUAAAAUUCAUGAAACUAGAUUUAAAUACUUUUGAUGACAUAGUUAAUCCAAAACCUGUAACGAAAGAGAAUCAAAAGAGAAUAUCAGAAGGCUUUUUAAUAAGAUGUUUGAAACAAGACCCAUCUGUCAUUUUGGAAAACUUCAUUGAUAGAGAAAAAAUUCAAUUCGUCUCGUGA